AAAAACCACGAUAUCCCAAAGAUCUUGAUAUUGGACGUAUUGUGAUUGAAGAAGCUCCAGAAAAAAAGAAGAAAUAUUGAAACGUGACGUUGUUAGGAGAGAUGAAGUGAAGCCAAGACGUGAGGAUAUGAAAACUCCGUAUGAAGCUGAAAAAGUUCCUGGAGUGCAAAUGAGAGAAGAAAUUAUCAAAGUUGGCAAGCUUGAUGUUACUGACUACGAGAAAACCCAAAAGGAUUCAGAAAGAACUUACGUUGAGCGGUUGAGAAAAGACCAGAAGCCCAGAUAUGAUAAGAAAAAGGAAGAAAGAAUUGAUCAUUAUCGUCCGCAAGGCGAAGAAUUUGACAAAGCCUAUACUUACCACUACAAAUCUCGAACGGACGACACUGAAAUCACUCAGAAACGCGUAACUGCUGAGAAGAUUACUGUCAGCAGGGAGGAUAUAACUCAAAUAGAGGAAACAGAAAAACCACGAUAUCCCAAAGAUUUUGAUAUUGGACGUAUUGUGAUUGAAGAAGCUCCAGAAAAAAAAGAAGAAAUAUUGAAACGUGACGUUGUUAGGAGAGAUGAAGUGACGCCAAGACGUGAGGAUAUGAAAACUCCGUAUGAAGCUGAAAAAGUUCCUGGAGUGCAAAUGAGAGAAGAAAUUAUCAAAGUUGGCAAGCUUGAUGUUACUGACUACGAGAAAACCCAAAAGGAUUCAGAAAGAACUUACGUUGAGCGGUUGAGAAAAGACCAGAAGCCCAGAUAUGAUAAGAAAAAGGAAGAAAGAAUUGAUCAUUAUCGUCCGCAAGGCGAAGAAUUUGACAAAGCCUAUACCUACGACUACAAAUCUCGAACAGAUGACACUGAAAUCACUCAGCAACGCGUAACUGCUGAGAAGAUUACUGUCAGCAGAGAAGAUAUAACUCAAAUAGAGGAAACAGAAAAACCACGAUAUCCCAAAGAUCUUGAUAUUGGACGUAUUGUGAUUGAAGAAGCUCCAGAGAAAAAAGAAGAAAUAUUGAAACGUGACGUUGUUAGGAGAGAUGAGGUGAAGCCGAGACAAGAGGAUAUGAAAACUCCGUAUGAAGCUGAAAAAGUUCCUGGAGUGCAAAUGAGAGAAGAAAUUAUCAAAGUUGGCAAGUUCGAUGUUACUGACUACGAGAAAACACAAAAGGAUUUAGAAAGAACUUACGUUGAGCGGUUGAGAAAAGACCAGAAGCCCAGAUAUGAUAAGAAAAAGGAAGAAAGAAUUGAUCAUUAUCGUCCGCAAGGCGAAGAAUUUGACAAAGCCUAUACCUACGACUACAAAUCUCGAACAGAUGAAACUGAAAUCACUCACCAACGCGUAACUGCUGAGAAGAUUACUGUCAGCAGAGAAGAUAGAACUCAAAUAGAGGAAACAGAAAAACCACGAUAUCCCAAAGAUCUUGAUAUUGGACGUAUUGUGAUUGAAGAAGCUCCAGAGGAAAAAGAAGAAAUAUUGAAACGUGACGUUGUUAAGAGAGAUGACGUGAAGCCAAGGCGUGAGGAUAUGAAAACUCCGUAUAAAGCUGAAAAAGUUCCUGGAGUGCAAAUGAGAGAAGAAAUUAUCAAAGUUGGCAAGCUUGAUGUUACUGACUACGAGAAAACCCAAAAGGAUUCAGAAAGAACUUACGUUGAGCGGUUGAGAAAAGACCAGAAGCCCAGAUAUGAUAAGAAAAAGGAAGAAAGAAUUGAUCAUUAUCGUCCGCAAGGCGAAGAAUUUGACAAAGCCUAUACCUACGACUACAAAUCUCGAACAGAUGACACUGAAAUCACUCAGCAACGGGUAACUGCUGAGAAGAUUACUGUCAGCAGAGAAGAUAGAACUCAAAUAGAGGAAACAGAAAAACCACGAUAUCCCAAAGAUCUUGAUAUUGGACGUAUUGUGAUUGAAGAAGCUCCAGAGGAAAAAGAAGAAAUAUUGAAACGUGACGUUGUUACGAGAGAUGAGGUGAAGCCAAGACGUGAGGAUAUGAAAACUCCGUAUGAAGCUGAAAAAGUUCCUGGAGUGCAAAUGAGAGAAGAAAUUAUCAGAGUUGGCAAGCUUGAUGUUACUGAGUACGAGAAAACACAAAAGGAUUCAGAAAGAACUUACGUUGAGCGGUUGAGAAAAGACCAGAAGCCCAGAUAUGAUAAGAAAAAGGAAGAAAGAAUUGAUCAUUAUCGUCCGCAAGGCGAAGAAUUUGACAAAGCCUAUACCUACGACUACAAAUCUCGAACAGAUGACACUGAAAUCACUCAGCAGCAACGCGUAACUGCUGAGAAGAUUACUGUCAGCAGAGAAGAUAUGACUCAAAUAGAGGAAACAGAAAAACCACGAUAUCCUAAAGAUCUUGAUAUUGGACGUAUUGUGAUUGAAGAAGCUCCAGAGGAAAAAGAAGAAAUAUUGAAACGUGACGUUGUUAGGACAGAUGAGGUGAAGCCAAGACGUGAGGAUAUGAAAACUCCGUAUCCAGCUCAAAAAGUUCCUGGAGUGCAAGUUAAAGAAGAGGUUAUCAAAAUUGGCAAGCUUGAUGUCACCGACUACGAAAGAACGAGAAAAGAUGAGAUACAAAUAGUUGAAAGUCCACGAAAGGUAAGAAAAGACUUGAAACCCGGUAAAAGUACCGUUGAAUUAUCUCAAGUGAGUGAUAUAGAUUUUGAAAAGUUGUCAGAGUUUAAGCCUUGUGCGGAUGAAAUUCCUCGUCAACAGGUGACAACCGAAAGAGUUGUUGUAAGUAGAAGGGAUCUUAAACCAUCAGAGAAACCAGAGAAACCUAAGUAUAAGAAAGAUCCGGAAAUUGGACGCAUUGUGAUUGAAGAGAUUCCUGAAAAGAAGAAACUCGAGAACGGGAGAUUGUUCAGAAGGAGCCAGUCGACCCAAAGAAAAUCGACAUGA